GCUACUCCGGCUCUUCUCCUCCGGGCGAGCGGGACGAGCGCUGCGCCUCGGGUCUUCCUCCGGGGGAGCCGGCGCAAUGGAGCCGUUGGCGUUGGCGCUCGGGAUAGCAGCUCUGCUGGGACUAUCUUCUGCUGUCUUGGAAGUGGAGGUUGGACAGACUUCAGUGACCGUGAUCCAAGGACAGCAGGCCAUACUUCCCGUCUGGUAUACGUCCGCCAGUUCAAGCGUCCCCUUUGUCACCUGGCACAGGGAGAGACCCGGGGAGCGUUUUCAGAUUCUGGCCUUUAUGUAUGAGACAACCAAAGUGGAAGACCCUGAUCUCAAGCAGCGCCUUGGGUUUUUGUUCCGUAUGCCUUUUCACAACGUCUCCCUUGUAAUUAAUAAUACCAAAGAAAUGGAUUCCGGCCAAUAUAUGUGCACCGUGAAUGUUCCGGAUGACAGUACAGUGAAAGGAAGAAACAUCGGACUUGUUAACCUCACCGUUCUAGUCCCACCAUCUGCACCAAAGUGUCAGUUUCGAGGCAGUGCACAGGUUGGAGGCAACGUUACCAUGUCCUGCAAAUCUGCUUUUGGAAAACCGGUCCCAGUUUAUCGUUGGCAGCGGACUGAGCCCAGCACCCAGUUUUUCUUUGCACCCACGCAAGAUACCAAGAAGGGGAUGCUGACGUUGACCAAUCUUACUAUCGACAUGUCUGGGCUGUAUCUCUGCAACGCCUCCAGCAUAGCUGGCUAUUCCAACUGCACACUCAAUCUGGAAGUACAUCCACCAUUCAAUACAGCCAUGGUGGCUGGUGCCGUCGUGGGGACCCUGGUUGGACUUGGCCUGAUCAUAUUUUUUGCACUUCAGAUGUUUAUCUACCGAAAGAAAAAGAAGGAAGCCCAAGAUGACAUAGCCAAUGAAAUCAAGGAAGAUGCUGUAGCUCCCAAGACGCUCUCCUGGGUGAAAAAUUCCUGCACUGAUGGACUCUCCAAAAAUGGAACGUUGUCGUCCAUGAACACAACCCGGGAUCAGAAACCCUAUCCCAUCCGGGCCCCCUCAGACACAGCCUCCAUCACCACUGCUGCAGGAAGCAUGGUGGGCUUCAAGGCCCCUUUUUCUGACCCCAGAAAUGGGACCCUCACACCAACACCCAGUCUUUCCAGCCAAUCGCUGCCCCUCUACUUCCCACCGGUGAUCAACGGAGUCCAGUGCCAUCAUGCCAGCGUGCCCACCCACAGGAAUAACCUCCACCGGACAAACAGGGCUCAGCCACAGGCCCCCCAGCAACAGGAGCCUCCUGUCCCCACUGCUCAAGGUUUAACGGCCUCCACUCUGAAUCGCAUGGGAGCAGUGCCUGUUAUGGUGCCUGCUCAAAGCCAGGCAGGAUCUUUGGUGUAAAUGGGUUGUAACGCCAUAGCUCUCCAUGUGGAUAUUGGUUUGACUCCUCACAAGCACUGUCGAGAGACAGGCAUGCAUUGUGCUGCUUCGCCGGCCUGUCUGCAGAGGUCCAGGGGUCUGUGUGUGUGUGGGGCUUGGAUUUGUUCUUCAAGUGACCAAAUGUCAAGACUUUGCCAUAAGUGAGACCUUAUCAGGACUUCUGAAAAGGACUUUAAAAAACAUUUUGGUAAUCAGAAGAGCUCUGUUUAUCUGCCCAUCUUAUUCUUCUUGGUGCACCAACCCCAUUCCAUCUUCUCUGGGAAUCUACUUAACAGAGACUACGUUUAACUGGAUUUUUUUUUAAAGUUUGUUCUCUAACAUGACUCUUAAUGUUGAGGAAGAGAAGCAAGCUGUGGUUUACUCUCUUGGCUUAGAACAAGGGUCUUCAAACUUGGCAAGUUUAAGACUUAUGGACUUCAAUUCCCAGAAUUCCUGAGCUAACAUGACUGGAGAAGGAAUUCUGGGAGUUGAAGUCCACAAGGCUGUCAAGUUUGAAGGCUUAUAAUAAGAGAAGGAGGCAGAUCUGAAGCAAAAUGGGUGAUUCUAUCUUCCUCAAUACUUUUCAAGAAGUAGCCCAUAAUGGGAAACUCUUUGGACACUUUGGAAGGGAAGUAAAGAUAAUUGCAACCUACCUGACUCCAUGUCAAAAGUCUACACCAGAGGUCUUCAAACUUGGCAACUUUAAGACUUGUGGACUUCAACGCCCAGAAUUCCUCAGCCAGCAUAAAGUUGCCAAGUUUGGAGACCUCUGGUCUACACAUUAGAGAAAUAUGCACAAAUAAAAAAGUGAUAGAAUCCUAGCUGCCACCCUCUGGGUAGAUAAUGUUUUUCAGCAAUGGGUAAUAGAAGCCAAGGUGGUAGAGUGACUUUCUUGUCAUUCCUGUCUCCUUUUUCCACCUCCCCAGAAGACGCCACGCUUUGCA